AAUGACAUCCAGUAGACCAAGCACAAGCAGUUCUACACCCCCCCCCGGGCCCCCCCCCCUCCUUUCUUUCUCAUGGCCAUCUUUCUAUUCACUCGUCUCUGUUCUCCCUGAUAUACAAAUAACAUCCACAGUCUCCGGAAUACUCGUAACUAUGUCUUCAGGUGCAUUUCGUUUCAGGGAUCAUAUAAUAGAAGAGUUCUUGGAUGUGUGCUUGAAGACGUCAGCUUUUGGUAACCGAAAUUUCUUUGGAAAUGGUCUGGAUUGGAAGAUGAGCUAAGUUUAUUAGAUCGGAGUUGCUGAUAAUAACGAUCUUGGAUUAUCAUCCGAUAUAUUCAUGUAGACCAGUCAGAGAUGUCAAGGGAGUUUACUGAGGACUAUGGGAGGUCCUCAAAUCCUGGACAGUCUCCUCGCCGUGAGGCAUGGAGCCCCACCCCGGAUCAUAUCAAAAACCUCGACGACCAUCUCGUACCACGACACUCACCCAGAAGAUCAUUUCAUAACGGACGCGUCUCUCCCAUCAAUGACCAGGGGGAUCUAGAGGCGGGAUUACGUGGUGGCACACGGGCAGGAGGUGGAACAGGCCAGACAUGUACGUACGUAGCAUUGGCUGUGAUGACGACCUUGCUCGCCGCAGGAGCAGCGGUCGGUGUCGUCUAUGGGUUAACAGGUUUCAAUUUCGGCAGCUCAUCGCCGGUGAGAUCGACUGCUUUAACCCUAACAAUUUCAUCGUCUCCAGCCACCAUAUCAGCCUCUGCUCUAACAACAAAUGAAGCAUCUACUACACAAUCAGACAGCACUUCAACUGCAUCUACAACAAUCCAGACUACAACACUUGCUUCUACCACGAAUGCGGGAUCAACCACACAAACUACAAGCUCUACUUCUUCCUCUACAAAUCAAGCCUUCACGUCGACCUCUGCACCCACAACAAAUGCAGCGGCCACGACACAAGCGGACAGCGCUCCAACGACCUCUACAACUAUGCAGACGACGAUUGUUUCUACCACUAAUGCGUUAUCAACCGCACAACCUACAAGCUCUGCAACUUCCUCUACAAAUCAAGCCAUCAUGUCGACCUCUGCGCUUACAACAUUUACUUCUACAACUAAUGCGGCAACAACCACUCAACUCUCAAGCUCCAUAACGCCUUCUACAAAUCAGGCUACAACAUCGGGUCUCACAACGACCCAUGUAUCAACAACUACGUCAUCUGAACUUGUCGGUACCACACUUGAAGAGGCUACAGCCGAGGAAGAGGAGGUUACGGUUGCCAUGACAACUUUAGAUUCUUCUGAGAUGAGUACGAUUGAAGGUGCCACACAGACUGGAUCCACUGCGGAUCAAGAAGUGACCAGUAUUGAGAUGACUACAGAAGAAUUGACAGCAACACCCAUGGACGCAACUACAGCGGACUCCUAAAGUCACUGUUUACAUAAUACGUGAUCUGCACAGCUUCGUUUACUUGAAGAUCUAGGCCUCGACCGUCAUGGACUCUGGAAGCUUGGAUAUCUAACGACACCGCCAAAUUCGAUCCUAUCCGGUUUUCCUAUCCUUUUGCGAAAUUUAUUUUAUUGAUGGUAAUAAUUACACAAUGUUUAUAUGCAUGGAUUACAAUUGGUCAUGUGAACGAUGAUGAAAAUGAUGAAACAAACAGAGGACGUACACAAAGGUAUAAGAUUACAUUAACUACCACUUUUUUUCUUCUAAAUCCCGCCGAACACUUCAGCAUCCGACGAGUAUAACCUAACUUUUAUUUUAGCAAAUAUCAUUUGGAAUCAAGUUCAAAAAGUAAGCUUUUUAAGUUCUGAAGAAUGCUACGAAAACUGAAAUCUAUAUUCUGCAGAACGCUUACCCUUGUUGUUGGAGUAAAGUCCAAUUCGGCUUCUAAUUGCAGCCGAUUGAAAGAUUACGAUUUUUUAUCAUGGUUAAUGAAUUACCCUUUAUUUCGACUGGAAAGCUCAUAGUAGCCUAAAUAUACUUCUAAUAUCCAUAACCAUGAUAACACUACCGUGGACCUUGGUGGGGGUGUUCUUAUCAAUGUUAUUACGAAAAAAAUCAUGAACUUCUCCAUCAGGUCGAGUGGGCAUCGGGUUUUCUUUGUCAGAGUGACGUAACCGCAUCUAUACAUUGUAGUGCGAGUUGUGAAGCAUGACCCGCCCUAAUAUACAUCAUAACUAUGAUACUGUAAACCCCAUAAGAACUUAUUCUUAAACAUAAAUUCAUUAAAUUAAGACUACUUUUAGGAAUGGGUAAUUGAUUGACAAGUUACUUUCAAGGAAAUAAUAGUCAACUCUGUUUCCAAAAAGAGCUUCUAAUUAUACGAGUACAUUGCACAAAUCAAGAAUGUGUUCGUUGCCCACUUAAAUUACAUUUCUAUGUUUAUAAUGAUCAAUCACAUAUUAUUACCUGGUGUUUUAUGCAACAGUAAAUAUCUUUACAUGACAUUUCGACUUCAAGUGGAAGUGUAAAAACUGUACCAAGUUUAAGAUUUGUUUAUAUUUUUUUUUAUCUUUUAUACAUGUGUGUGACAAUGUUUGCUGUGAAUUUAGUGCGAUUGUUAGAUAACAGAAACUCCCAACAUAUUUAGACCGUUUGUUCUGUUUUUCAAAAUUUAUCUAAGGUUAGCAUUGUAGAUAAAAACAAUCAAGUCGGACUUUAUGCAUAACCAGGUGCACGUUAUUUGUACAGGUUAAUAUCUGACAUUAAUCGAGAAGUAUAAUUUUCCACCAUAUCUAAAGAAUACUCGUGUCGUAUACGUAAGCAAUUAGUUUGUAAGAUUUAUUGUCAAGAUUAUCAUAAUAAUCACAAAAAAAGAUACCAGUUUUCCUUCUAAGUGAAAAAAUAAUAGAGGCGAUGCAUAGCUCCUUUGAUGCCCGUAUAUCGAGUGUACAAAAAGAAUAUGAGUCACGACGAGUAGGUGCUCACUUUUACAGCUUAAAGAAAUAUAUCUUAUAUUUUCUAUGUUUUAUUCAUGGAAUGAAGCAACUAUGUUGAUGACAAGGAAAUCACCUCCUGCUUGUAAAUGCAUUAAUGUGUUCUAGUUUAUUUUCCCAACGAAUUAGAAAUAAGGAAAUGAAUAGCACGAUUUCUCACAAUAAACAUGAUAAAGCCUCUCAUUACUGAAAUUAAACAAUAGGCACCAAUGCCACCAAAAAUCAGCUACAGCAUCCCUGGGAAAUUGCAUGGUCGGAGCCGAUUUAAUAGUGUUAUUGUUAUUGCAACAGUAUGAAAAAAUGAAAUACAUUUGUAUAUUUCAUUACAAUUCUUAUUUAAAUAUCAUUUCCUUCGAUAAAUGUUUCAUAACGAUAUAGGCACGUUUCUUCUCAAAACAAUGAUUAAACUGAUGAAUAUUCCUAGAUGUCGUCCCCUUGA